CAGUGUGCAAUGACCUAGACAAAAAGCGCAUACCUCGAAUUGUUUAGCGUGGCUACCUGUUUUUCCUAUCUUGCCUGUACCUAUUAAUCAUAAUUUGGCCAAGGUCGGUCGGUUUUAUAUACACACAUACAUAUACAUGCAUAUUACCUGAAGUCUUUGUAAAUGUUUCUAUUAAGCCUUGAUCAAAACAGCGGGGAAGGCAAACGAUAAAUAUAAAUACUCGAUCUAAUGGCACAUAAACGAGCAUAUAGAGAUAUUACACACCUGGACGAUUUCUGCAAACACCUUCAACUCAUACUCAACAACAACAGCAUUGGGUUUUUUUUACUCCCACCCCCCGUAAAAAAAAAAAAAAAACACAAAAAAAAACCCACCCCCCCCCAAAAAACAAAAACACACCAAAAACAACCAACAACAAAAAAAAAAAAAAGAAGAAGAAGAAGAAGAAAGAAAGAAGAAAAAAUUAUAAAGACUUCAAAUAAUUAUAUCACUUUACUCCACAAUGUGUAAAAUAUGAUACCUGGUCACACGACUGGUCUGAUACGCAGCGUUCAACUGAAAUUAUAUCUAUCAGUAUAUGAUAUCAGGAACGGCACGGCACGGCAACAUUUCUUUCCUUUUUGCGUUGAUCUAUGUCGAGUCACGUGUACGCCGUAACAGAAGCCUGUACAGGAAAGCCAGUGCAGACGGACGAACUAACUUUUCACGUUCAGUAGGCCUGGUAUACUUGCUGCAGUGAGGAGGUCGGAAUCUUUACUUACUCUGAUCCACAGAUUUCCCAAACUGGUCACAGUUGUUCGAGUAAAGGCGCCAAAGAUGGGCAAAUCGUCUGCUAGUGUUGUGUAACAAGGAAUAUCUCACACACAAACACAAAAAAAUAAAAUAAAAUAAAAUAUUAAAAAGUGAAAAAAAAAAAGAAAAAAAAAUCCUGUCCCUUGGAUCUGAGAUAGAGACGUGGACGUUGUUGUUGUUGUUGUUGUUUUUAAGAAAGGUGGAGACGUAUCAGCAGUUGAAGAAGAACGGGGAAAAAAGGGAACGAAAUCUAAUCCCUUCGAUCUCAAAUAGGAACGUGGACGUUGUUAAAGAUAGUUGCAGCAAUAGCAGAAGAAUAGAAGAAGAAAAAAUAAGAUAAAAAAGGAAAGAUACCCCGUCCCUUGGAUCUUACGGACGAAGACGUUGUUGUUGUUGUUGUUAAGACAGGUGGAGACUAGCAUCAUCAGCAUCUGUAACAGCAGUAACAGCAGUAGGAGCAGCAGCAGUAGCAGCAGCCAUGGUGAAGGCGAUGAAGAACCAGUUUAAGGUGGACGAGCUGGAGGAGAAUAUUGAGGAGCUGAAGGAGCUGUCGGAGGAUGUGUCUCCAGCCAUCUACCUCUCCGUCAUCCUCAGUCUGAUCCUGCUCGCCAUCUUCAUCCUGCGUCUCUACAACAGGUGGACGGUCCACUGCCCCGUUGACCUAAGGUGCGAGGACAAGACCAUCAUUGUUACAGGGGCAAACAGUGGCAUCGGCAAGGCUACUGCCCUGGAAUUGGCGAAGAGGGGCGGACGCAUCAUCCUGGCGGUGAGGGACCGCCACAAGGGGGAGGCCCUGGCCAGAAGCAUCAUGAAGAAGACCCAAAACCCGAACGUGUUCGCCGCCUAUUUGAAUCUCGCCAGCCUGACGUCCAUCAAGGAGUUCGCGACGGACUUCCUCAGCAAGGAGAAGAGUCUACACGUGCUCGUUAAUAAUGCAGCUUACAUGGGUCCGAGGGCAUCGACCGACGACGGCAUCGAGCGAUGUUUCGGCGUCAAUUACCUCGGCCACUUCUACCUAACGUGGCUGCUGAAGGACAAACUCCGGAAGUGUGCACCCAGUCGCAUCAUCAACGUCGUGUCCGACGCCUACCUGAAGGGCAACCUCGACCUGGACGACAUCGCGAUGGUGAAGAACUACAACAUCUACGGGGCGUACGCGCGCAGCAAGCUCGCCAACAUGCUCUUCAACUUCGAGUGUCACCGCCGCUACGUCAGCGACAUCGUCAUCUCCAUGGCGGUACAGCCUGGUGCAGUUUCCACUGAACUGAUGCGCAAUUGGCCCGGGUUAACCGGCCAGCUACUCCGCGCCAUGGGAAGAAUACUGUUCAAAGAUCCCGUGGCUGGCUGUCAAACCAUAAUCUUCUGCGCCUGUAAAGAUGGCAUUCGGGACCAGUCAGGCAAGCUAUUCUAUAACUGUAAAACAUUGAAAAUAAAGGAAAAAGGCAGAGACAAGCAGCUGAGCAAAGAAUUGUGGAACAAAAGUUUACACCUUUGCCACCUCGAUUCAGAAAUUGAACUAGAAGAAGAAGUUGUAAUUCCGGAGAAAACCAAUGGUCAGGAAGUGAGGUCACGUGACACAGCCGCUGUUAAAGCCGCGGAAAAGGCGUCAAAGAUUCCACAGCACCCACCAAAGCCGGCAGCAGAAGCACCAAAGAAAGCUCCAGAGCCCGCCAAAAAGCUACCAGAACCGGCCAAAAAGCCCGUGGAAGUGAAAAAACCCGAACCAGUGAAACAGCCUCAGGCAGAACAAGUGAAAAAGCAACCGGAAGUUCCACCAAAACUUGCGCCCAAGCCCGCACCGGAAGCUAAGGAAUAAGUGACGUCAUUCACUCACAUGGCUUGCCUGUGUUUGGGUAAAAGUUACAUUCACAAGUGGACUAUUUCAGAUCCGUGAUGUAAGAGGAAUGCUUUUUGUAUUCGUUUUGUUUAGCAGAAAGCCACAAAAAAGAAAUUGUGAAAUGAUAUAAAUAUCACCAGUUUAAAAGCUUUGAAGUUAAACAAACUACAACAGCAACAUCAUUUUGCACUUCAUUUAUGCAGAAAUAGUGAAAAAUACACCAAGAUAAAACAAUAUUGUGUAUGAUAUAGAACUAGAAACGUGGUGUGCUUGGCGUGGAAUUUGUGGAAUGGUGGAUUGUUCAAUGUUAGUUUUGUAGGCAGCGUGUUUGAAAGACAGACAGUUUUUAUGGAGUUAUGUUGUGUAAAUUUAGCAAACUUCGAUGCAUCAAGAUCUCAGAUUCCGUGUUAAUUAAUUUUCCAGAAGAAGUAGAAGGAGAAAACGGAAGAUAAAAAUAGUCAGACGUGCAAUAAUAGCAAACCAAGUGAAAAUCCAGAAAUCAUCGCAUACUGGGUUAAGGGUGGGUUAAGAAUAGGAGGGUAAUUUAUUUCCCACUCGUAGAAUAAAGUAUGACAGUUGUUAAUCGCCCAUAAUGAAUGAAACAUCCCCAGUGUCCACCUACUUUUAGAGUCCUCCCCCCCCCCCUCCCAAACCUUACAAUGUCUAAAAAAAAAUGACUCCAUCCAGCCAGUCAUUCUAUCGAAACUAGUGUAUUUGAAAAAGAAAGGGAAAAAACCCCAGUCCAGCACACUCAUCAGACAAACGUAUGUAAAGUCAAGGACGGGUCCAAGGAUUUUGUUAGCUUAUUUUGGUGGGUGGCCCAGGGUGGGGUGGGACAUGUGCUGACUGGAAUAACAGUUUUUUUAUUUUUAUUGGUACAUGUAAAAAAUAUUACCGAUUAACAAGGACAAUGUUGGUAGAGGCCAAUUCAAUGGCGAUAGGAGUUUGGUUUUGUUUUAACGACACCACUGGAGCACAUUGAUUAAUUAAUCAUCGACUAAUCCAUAACUGGUUCAACAAAGGCCAUGGUUUGUGCUAUCCUGCCUGUGGGAAGCGCAAAUAAAAGAUCCCCUGCUGCCUGUCGAAAAUAGAGUAGCCUAUGUGCCGACUGCGGGUUUCCUGUAAAAAAAUCUGUGUAUUCGGGUAACAAUUAUCGUCUUACAAGAAAAUAAGCCAGUACAUGCUGUAUAAUACCCGUCUAUGUGUACAGCUGUCCAUGCUUAAAAUGCUGGUAAAAUGAAAACUUUUGCAGCAGGAGAUGUCUGCGUUUUUGGAGACCCCUGGUCAACAGCCAUGACACAAUGGGUAUGGGUGGGUAUAUAAAGCCGUGUUCUUUCUUGUCGGGACCCUGUCAUGGGCAGAACUCUCUGGCGAAGUCAGAGGUUGUGUCUACGACAGGUGUGCUUUAACAGUUCUCGAUGGAAGCAUGCCAAAAAUUACCCACACACACUUCUCGGUCGCCCCCCCCCCCCCAAUACCCCCCGCUACCGACCUCAGUCAGGCUGCUAAUGCUCUCUUGCACUUGUCAAACGCGGGUGGUCCCCUCUCCCACCCACCCCUACCCUUUUCUUGCCCUAGACGGAGGAGCCGGCCGAGGCCGUCACCCGUGCCCAUGACAAGCGUGCGCUUGUUUUAAAUGUGCACGUAAAACCCUAUGACCUGACCCUUCUCAGGCCAGCAGUGUAUUAGUUCUACAUCUAGAUAAGCCCUACUAGAUGUCCAAGUCUAAUAUGUAUAAUGUAACGGACAUCAGCUUAUAUACAUGUAAAUGGAAACAUGUUAACAUAAUAAUUAUUAUAAUCGAUUUUUUUUGUACCUAGAAGCCAUGCUAAUUAUAUGCAUGGUUGAUCUAUUAGACGUUAUAGUUAAUCUUUAUAUAUACCAAGUCUGCUGUAUGCAUGUAGACGAAAACAAAUUAACGGAGUUCUUAUUUAUACAUAUUAAUUAGGAGGCGCGAUGGGGGUGCAGCAGAUAAGCUGGGAUCGAGGUCCAGAGGCCAGAACACCAGGGAUCGGGGCCCGUCAAGAGACCCUCGAUAUUGACGUUUGGCUUUCAUUUUUUUUUUUUUUUUUUUUUUUUUUUUUUAAAUGUGUAAA